AUGUUACCGGACAUACCAAGAAACGAAGAUCCAGUUAGUGAUCUUUCAGCCAACGAUAAUAUAAUCUUGAUGGCUAACAACUCGCAAGCUACGGUUGAAUAUCCAGAAGAUAAUAGCGACGAGUAUAAUGAAACAAGUACACUGCUGCAAUCCGAAAUAAGUAGCCUUACUGCGGGAGGUGAUGACUUUGUCAGUCAAGGAACGGCAAGGAAGUUGAAUGACAAGAAAAAAGAAAAGUCAAAUAUAUGUACUUUAAGGAAUUUUAUCAAGCUAGUUUUGUUGGCGAUGUUUAUCGCACUUAUCGUUUUUCUCUUGGCUGUUCUUAAAGUCCAAAAUCAUAUCAAGGAGUACCUUCAUUACAUUGAAAUACAUGAACGAUACGGAAUUGCUAUAUAUUUAUCUAUCUAUGUUGCCUGUGUAUGGGUGUUCUUGCCGGGAUCAAUAAUAAGCAUCGCAGCUGGGUUCUUAUUUAAACCCCCAAUACUAGCAGGGCUAGUCAUAAUGUUGGGCGAUGGUUUGGCAGCAACGGGUGCUUUUAUUUUUGGAAGAUAUGUCUUUUCAGAUUGGGUUAGGGCUCAAAUUGAAAAAAAACCAUCAAUUGCCGAAUUUAAUCAUCUCAUUAAUAAUGUUAUUACCGAAGAAGGGUGGAAAAUUGUUCUCAUGCUACGACUGACUCCACUUCCAUUUAAUUUGGUUAGUUACAUUUUCUCAGUUAGCAUAGUUGAUUUUUGGACUUUUUUAUGGGCAACUCUUCUUGGCGUUUUACCUGGCGCAUUUAAUGCAGUAUGGAUAGGAUCACUAGUCAAGAGUCUUAGUAAGCUUGACGAAUAUAAACUGAAAAAUAAAGAUGUUGUGAUUAUGACCAUGAACUUUAUUUUUGUUUUAUGUUGCGUGAUUGCAUUAUCACUAUUUGGAAAACGAUCUCUGCGAAAGGCAAUGUUGAAACUCCGGGAGUCAAAAGAAUCUGAAAUUCCUCCUGCUUUACCUUCAGUACCGCAAUCAACGGCUGAUGUAGUUAUAGAAGAGGCGCUUCCUUUAGAUACUAGUGCUGGUCGAUUUACACGAGGAGAACGAAUUACUCUUUAUAUUAUCGGCUUGGUAACCCUUCUUAACAUUGUAAUCAGCGUGUCGCUUUAUUAUUAUUUCAAAUCACGUGAAAGCGAUGGUCAUGA